GUAGGCGGAACCAUGAAAUAAACGAAACCGAAACCAUAAAACUUCAGUAUAUAGCACUGCUACCAAGCUAUCCGCUCUCUGACAGAACAGUCAAAUCUAUUCAGCAGAACAGGGCACGAGGAAUAACUCCGCAGGUGAGCCAUCUGCACAGUUUCCCUUGUCUUGAGCACUUUGUCUACAUUCAUAUUUCUGUGACAGCUCCAGAGAUGAGUCUGGAAUUUGUGAAGCGUGAUCAAGACCAGCUGCAGAUUCUGAUCAAGAGCAGCAUCCUUUUCUUUGAACAGUCUCUGGAAUAUGCAGCAGAUUUGUGCACAAGAAAAGAACUCAGCAAGGACCAGGCCGAAGGUUAUCUUGCAGAGAUUUUGCACAGCAUUCUUUUCAUUGGAUACAUAAACAUUCCAUCCAUUGGGCCACAACAACUUCUACCUGAAAAUGCGGUUGGAUCGCUGAUGAACUCAUUUCCUGAUGUAUUUGAGAAGUACACAAGCCACCUGCCCUUAAGGACCCCUUACUCCAUUCUUCUGGACAUGGUUGUCCAGACUACAGGAGACCAAGCCAUGGAUCUACCCAAAAAUCUGUUGGCCCUGAAUGAAAAAAUGCAUGUUCCACGAAAUGGUAAGAAGAUGUGUGGAAAUGAUUUCUGCUUAGCAUCUAGUGUUGUUAGCUAUUGCUACUUUGAAAAAGGAAACAAGAAAUCCAAGAAGUACUUUGGUGCAUCUGUGGCUUGCACAGGGAAAGCAAAGCGGGAUUUCUUCAUCAACCUGUCCUGUGUUAAAACGUGGAAUCGAAAGGUAGCAUUGGGCGUGUGUUUGGCUGCUAAAGGCAGGAAGUCCAUAAUGCUUCCGAAGGCCGUGUAUUCUGCGGCAUUUACCAUGCUCAACGACCAAAGAGACGAAGACCACGAAGGGAAUUCUGACCGCAUUGGCUGUGGGUCACGUCAGAGAUACGUUCAGAGGCGUGCCUGUGAGAAAUGUUGGGGGAUAUUUCCAGAGGUAGUGUUCUUACCACCAGAGCGGGAUGAAGAAAGGGCCAGCUGGAAGCACGGGAAUUGUGCAGAAUGUGAGGCCAUGAGCAAUCUUCUAAACGGCGAGGUCACUGUCGAUGAGGGAGUAAAAUUGGGUGAGGAUCUUUUAUCAACAGCUGCUGCAAACGAGAAGCUUAAGCCCUUACUCAAGCCAAGAAUCGACAACCUGAAAAGCACGUUGAAAAAUCGGAUCGAGACAGCAGAAUUUCAAUUUUUUUUGCCAUAGUUUACUGAUGAAGAUGGGCCUACCUAUGUAUCAUCACCUACAUUUAAAAUAUAUUGUAAGCGACUUUAAUAACUAUCAUUAGAAAUGGCAAUCAUCAAUUAAAUCUGCAAAUUUGUUGGAUCGGUCAGUUGAACAGUAACCCGGUAGAAUCAACUAACAAAUCAAAACAAGCUCCAAAAAAAUAAAAAUAAAAACCUUGGACAGUGGCUGCAAUGUUAUUAAGUAGGCUAGG